AUGUCUACUGACAAGAUUACUUUCCUGACAAACUGGCACGCCACCCCGUAUCACGCCCCCCUUUACCUCGCUCAGGCUAGAGGCUACUUCAAGGAUGAAGGUCUCAAGGUCGCUCUCCUCGAGCCCAAUGACCCCUCCGAUGUUACCGAGAUCGUCGGCAGCGGCAAGGUCGACAUGGGUUUCAAGGCCAUGAUCCACACCCUGGCGGCCAAGGCCCGUGACUUCCCUGUCACCUCCAUCGGCUCCCUCCUCGACGAGCCCUUCACCGGAGUCGUGUACCUGAAUACCAGCGGGAUCACCACCGACUUCCGCUCGCUGAAAGGCAAGCGUAUCGGCUACGUUGGCGAGUUCGGCAAGAUCCAAAUCGACGAGCUCACCAAGUACUACGGCAUGACCACCGACGACUACACUGCCGUUCGAUGCGGAAUGAACAUUACCAAGGCCAUCAUCCAAGGCACCAUUGAUGCCGGUAUCGGUCUCGAGAACGUUCAGAUGGUCGAGCUUGAGGAAUGGCUCGCCGAUCAAAACCGCCCCCGCAGCGACGUGCAGAUGCUCCGCAUCGACCAGCUCGCCGAGCUGGGCUGCUGCUGCUUCUGCUCUAUCCUGUACAUCGCGAACGACGCCUUCAUCGCCGCUAACCCGGAGAAGAUUGCUGCGUUCAUGCGCGCUGUGAAGCGCGCCACGGACGAUGUCCUUGCUGACCCUGCUGGCGCAUAUGCAGAGUACAUUGACGUCAAGCCUAUUAUGGGCACUGAUGUUAACCGCAAGAUAUUUGAGCGGUCGUUUGCUUACUUCUCGCGUGACUUGAAGAAUGUUCAGCGUGACUGGACUAAGGUUACCAACUAUGGAAAGAGAUUGGGGAUCUUGGAUGCCAAUUUCGUCCCGAACUACACCAACGAGUUCCUUUCUUGGGGUCUUGACGCCGAUUCUGUUGAUCCUAUUGGUGAUCAGAAGCGCAUGGCUGCUUUGCAGCAGGAGGUUGCUGCUGAGGGUGGUUACAAGCGUCUUGGUGUUCAGGUUUCGGCUUAG